AAAUUAAUAAUAAUAAUAAUUGCGCGAAAUCUUCUGCCGCAAUAAAAAAUCGGGCUUAAUCGGUCUGUUCCAGUCGGAGGAGAUGAGCAAUUUGAGGGCGAUAUGCAGGCCGCAUGCGAUGUUGUCGUCCAUGGCGUGCUGCUACAGGGCGGUGGUUAGGGUUUCGUUUGUUGGGGAACGGAAUUGUAGCUAUAGAGCUAGUUCGGCAUAUUCGUCAUCUGUGUUCGCGGUUUGGUUUGAUAGAUUGGGUGCGGACAGGAAGUAUGAUCCGCGAUUGAGAUUGCAUCGGCAGCGGAGGAUGGUGGGGACCAAGGCUUCCAAUUGGACUGACUCUAAAUCUCCUUAUGAAACACUCGAAUUGGACAGAGAUGCUGAUGAAGAACAAAUAAAAGUGGCCUACAGGCGCUUGGCAAAGUUUUAUCACCCUGAUGUUUAUGACGGUAAAGGGACCUUAGAGGAAGGAGAAACAGCCGAGGCUCGAUUUAUAAAGAUUCAAGCUGCUUAUGAGCUUCUUGUAGAUGUGGAGAGGCGGAGGAAAUACGAUACUGACAAUCGUGUGAACCCAAUGAAGGCAUCCGAAGCAUGGAUGGAGUGGCUGAUUAAAAAGCGAAAGGCAUUCGACCAAAGAGGUGAUAUGGCGAUAGCAGCUUGGGCUGAGCAACAGCAGCGUGAACUGAAUCUGCGCGCACGUCGCCUUGCUCGCUCCAAGAUCGAUCCGGAGGAAGAAAGGAAGAUACGGGUGAAAGAGAAAAAGGCGUCUACGGAGUACUUCCACAACACCCUAAGAAGACAUACGCUCAUCCUCAAGAAAAGGGAUUUAAUGCGAAAAAAGGCCGAAGAAGACAGGAAGAAGAUCAUAGGGCAGCUUCUGGCAGAAGAGGGUCUUGAACUUGAUAAAGACGGAGAAGAACUACUUAGUGAUGACCCUCCACCUGGUUAGUUUCUUCCCCAAUGCUAUCGGCUUUGUAAGGUGAUUUUGUAGUCUCUUAACCUGUACAUAUAUAUUGUUAACAUGUCUAUCUUAUAUUACCAUUGUUUC